UCUCAUAGAAGCAACCAAAGUUUUCAAAUGGUGAUCCCAAUUCUAUAUGGUACCGAGAGCAGUCCCCCGGUCCGGGCCGUUCUGCUAACCCUGCGCGCCCUGCAGCUGGAGCACGAGUUCCGGCCACUGGACAUGCUGGCCGGCGAGCACUUGGAGCCGGAAAUGUUGCGCAAGAAUCCCCAGCACACGGUGCCCAUGCUGGAGGACGGUGAGGCCUGCAUUUGGGACUCGCACGCCAUCAUUGGGUAUCUGGUGAACAAGUACGCCAUGUCGGACGAGCUGUAUCCCAAGGAUCCUUUGCAGCGGGCCGUGGUGGACCAACGGUUGCACUUCGAGACCGGUGUCCUCUUCCAUGGCAUCUUCAAGCAGCUGCAACGGGCAAUCUUUAAGGAGGGUGCCACCGAGGUGCCCAAGGAUCGGCUGGCUGAGUUGCGCGAUGCCUACGCUCUGCUGGAGCAAUUUCUGGCCGAGAAUCCCUACUUGGCUGGCCCGCGGCUGACCAUUGCAGAUUUUAGCAUUGUGGCCACGGUGAGCACGCUGCACCUGAGCUACUGUCCGGUGGAUGGCUCCAAGUACCCCAAGCUAUCCGCCUGGCUGGCCCGGCUUUCGGCUUUGCCCUUCUACGAGGAGGACAACUUAAGAGGAGCCCGAGAGCUGGCUGACCGAAUCCGCGCCAAGCUGCCCAAGCAGUUUGACAAGCUCUGGCAAAAGGCCUUCGAGGACAUCAAGAGCGGAGCGGGAAAACAGUGAUCAGGCAUGAAGGCCACCUCUAAUUUCUACUGCUAAAGUUAAUAUUUGUGGAUUAGUUUUCAUUGAUAUUAAAGUUUGAUCUUUCCCCAAAAACAAA